CACAAAUAAAUACAGCAUUUAUUUAGAGAAGUAGAGUAUCUAUAAAGCAUUGCUUAGAUGCGCAGCACUCAGUGCAUGCAUUAUGAUUCACUCAACCACACAUACAUAAAGUUGAUUGAUUGAUUCAACUGCUAAUUGAAGAGAAGGAACAUCGCAGAUCAAAAGGAGAUGAUGAUGGAGAACCUGUUGGAGACGAUAAAGUCUCAGGUGAGCAAGCUGAAGCUAACGAAGAAGAAGAAGAAGAAGCCGUACAUAAAAAUCGAUAAGAGUGCGAGCGUGAAGGUUGAGAUCCGAAGCAGAAAGGCUCGCAACCUUAUCGACAAGACUCUUAAGGCUGCUGAUCGCCCUGGCAAAACCACCCCUAUCUCUUAAUCAUCACCUUCCUUAUGUAACAUUCAUUCACCACUCCCUCUAUCUUCUGAAUUUAAAUCCUCUAAUUUGAGAAAUUUGGUAUUUUUUACCCUAUUUUCAUUUAUGUAAACAAACUGUCCUUGUAACUAUGUAAAACAAAACAACAGUUUUUUUUUUUUAAGUUAGGAGUGAGACUCGAAUCCGAAAACUCUAGAUGAGGAUGGAAAGAUUAUGUCAUUUGAAUUAUAACUCGUUAACAACAAAACAACAGUCCUUGUAAUAGCUUUAUUUGGCAAUUAAUUUGUGGAUCAUAUAUUAUUAUACAUCCAUCUAUUAAUUGUUAGAACAUAAUAUUGUUAUCUGGUGA